UUUAAGAGUUGGCGGCGGGUUUGAAUCGCUGACAGAUCGCUAAAUAGGGCCCCAAAAGAGGCAAUUUGACAACAGUUUAACGCAAAUCCUGUGAAUUUCGCGAACAAACUGCAUUCGCUUGAGCUUUCACCAAAUAUUUAUCCCCAAUUUGGACAAUGUGCUGUGGCGAGGUGCUGGCAUAAAAAUGGAAAUACAGCUUGAACCGCGUCUCUUUGACAUUGCCAUAUUGACUCUUAAUAUAAAACAUUUCAAGUUAACCUAAUCCAAAUCAAAAUCAAAAUCAAACCGAUUAAUUAAAAAGAAAAAAGACGCUUGCCUAAUAUUUAAUCCAAGAAACAGAGAAAACACAUCCAACAAAAUGGAGUUUUUAAUGAAAACAUCGCGUUUGAUUGUCACAUCGAAGACGUUUGCGCGGCGUGUAGCGGUGCCUAUACCCAGUUGCCAUUCAGUUUCGCAAAUGUCGCUUACAAGCGCACUUCGCACAAUUUUUGGCAAAACCCACACUCCAAACAAAACUCACCCAAAUCCCAACCACCAUCACCACCACCACCACCAACCACAAACACAACCACAACAACAACUGGCUUCUGAUCCUGUCGGCCACAUGGAGCAAGCGCUGCAAUUGAAUCACGCCAAUAAGGCGCCCUGCAAGAACGACCGCAAGGCCUUCCUGCAAAGGGUGAUGCUGACCAGCAGAGUUCAAAGCUCUAUGGCAAAGUUCUACGUCAGCCAAAGGCAUAGUCAUAGUUUGUUCAUUUUCAGCAUAAUACUACGAAAAAUUCUCUUUAGAAACCCGAAUGAGUUGAUGGGCUCCUUUAACUCGGCGCCCAAGAUCAACAAUGUAGACUCCCAGGAUGAUGGCCUCGAGCUGCCCAAGGGGCUGAACACCGCCGCCCUGCUCGAGCACGUGCAGCAGCUGCGCGGCGGAGGCAUCGAUCAGCCCUCGCUGCUCAGCCGCUGCUUCCUAAAGCCAUCGCUGCUUAGCGAGGAUGUGACCGAUGGUAUGCGCUGUCUCAAGCUGAACUCCGUCUCACGCGUUUGCAGUGCUCCAGUUGAGACAGAUGGCACGCAGAAUAUACGAUUGCUGCAGUGGAACAUUCUCUCGCAAACUCUCGGUCAGCACAACGACGGUUUUGUGCGUUGCCCCGAAGAGGCUUUAACCUGGCAGCAUCGCAAGUAUUUGAUUGUCCAGGAGAUUCUGCAGAACCAGCCGGAUGUGGUUUGUCUGCAAGAGGUGGAUCACUUCAAGUUCCUGCAGACUGUGCUGGGCAGCCAGAACUAUGCUGGCAUCUUCUUCCCCAAGCCGGACUCGCCGUGUCUGUAUAUAGAGCAGAACAAUGGACCCGAUGGCUGUGCCAUAUUCUACAAGCGCGACAAGCUCCAGCUGCUCGGCUAUGACACGCGCAUCCUUGAGGUCUGGCGUGUCCAGAGCAACCAGGUGGCAAUUGCCGCUCGGCUGCAGCUGAAGUCCAGCGGCAAGGAGUUUUGUGUCUGCACCACCCAUCUGAAGGCUCGGCAUGGCGCCCUGCUGGCCAAGCUGCGCAACGAGCAGGGCCGCGAUCUGAUCCGCUUUGUCAAGCAGUUUGCCGGCGAGAGUCCGCUCCUGUUGUGCGGCGACUUCAAUGCGGAGCCUGUUGAGCCCAUCUAUGCAACAAUCCUAGGCUGCGAUCUCUUCAAGCUGAGCAGCGCCUACGCAGAUAUGCAGCUCGAACGGGAACGGGAACGGGACCGUCAACAGCAGUUCACUGAGAGCUGUGAGGAUCCGAAUGAGUUCAUUUCGCAGUCAAUUAAGCGUGAACCGCCAUACACCACCUGGAAAAUUCGCGAGGAUGGUGAAGAGUGCCACACCAUUGACUAUGUCUUCUACACGCCUCAGCAGCUUAAGAUCAAGAACUGCCUGGAAUUUCCAGCCGGCGAACAGAUCGGAAAAAAUCGUACGCCCAGUUUUCAAUAUCCAUCGGAUCAUUUCUCACUGGUCUGCGACUUUGAGUUGCUGGAUGAGCCCCGUUCGGAGAGCAACAACAAAUCGCAUGGCACCAUACAGUAGUGGAGGAGCACAGGAGCACAUACUAAACGUACAGCAAUUACAUCAUAAAUUGUGAUAUUAGUUCUUAGAUACAUUUUAGCUACUUGCAUGUACAUACAAAACUUUAUGACUGUUGCACAUCAAAACACUUUCUAACCGAAAUUAAUUCAAAUUUCACAAAUAAACGAGUGUAACUUUGUAGUA